AUGACACAACCAUAUCCUCCAGGAGAUCGCGAAGCUGCCACUUACUACUAUGGUAUAUCGAGCUGUCCAAGACUUGUGGCCAGAACUAGUUCUGAGCCGUUCGUCCUCCGCAUUGAAAUGCAGCAUCCCGUUCCGAAACGAUUUGACCCUGUCGGGUCACACAAGAUCGUCUCCCUCUGGAAUAAUACCCUCUGGAAUAACAGUGGACCGCUCAGGACCCAAAUCCUCGAAGUUGUAGAAGAGUUGCAGUGGAACGUCAUCGACAUAUUGCGACUAGGUUAUGAGCCAGAUGACAAGCAGGUCCUCCUCCCUGUCACGAUGCUCAUCUCCAUCGACAAUGGCUCGACCGACUGGAGCACAGCAAUCCGGGUCGCGUUACGAUGCCGCGAAAUCCUGUGUCGCCAUGGAGUCGAAAUUGAAGUCGAGAUUAAGGAAUCUUGCAUCUUCCCCGCCGUCGGGCAUCAUCCACUUACUUCAGACCCUGUAGAGGAACCAGAGGAGGCCACUAUUCACCACUCGGAGAUGAUCGGCACAUCUAUUGCUGCUGGUAAGGACCCUGAGAUUGAGCGGACAAAGGGAGCAUACCUUCGUCUCAAAGACUCCGGUGAUAUCCUGAGCUUGACCUGUCGGCACGUGAUUUUCAACGGGGAACCUAAUCUCGAAUAUAGGCAUAAAGACUCCGCCCCUCGCACAGUUAUACAACCAGGGAAUGAGACCCUGAAGGCGGGCAUCAAAGACGUCAAGCUUGAGCUUGUCAUCAUCGAAAAACUGGCUGAUAAAGCCAGGGAAAAGGACUUUGACACCAACGCUACUAAGAAGAAGAGGCUUGAGGCGCUGUUGGCGAGGUUGGAAAAGAUGGGGCCUCGGACGAUUGGCCACGUUCGUUUCUCACCAAAGUACGAAUUCACAGAGUCACAAGCAGGGUUGCGGCGAUUCCGCGAUUGGGCUCUUAUCGAGCUCCAUCAGGACAUGCACCAAACUCCGAUUAAAGCGUUGAAGAAUGUGGUAUGGGCGGAGGACCGUCGGAAGACUUUUCUUCUCAUGGCUGGAAACUCCAGGAAAAGCGUAAAGGAAUUGCCGUUCACCAUACAAUACGAAGGUGACAACAGAGUCAAGCUUGAGGGUCAUUUUACUGAGGCCGAGCUGGAGAAGCCACAAUUCGAAUCACCAGGUCCCGACCCCGACCUCGACGCAAUGGUCGUGGCCAAAUAUGGAAAGACAACCGGAUACUCAUCAGGCCUAAGAAAUACGGUUCUGUCGGUCCUACGAAACCCGCCGGCAGGAGGGAUACAGGGCACCUCUGAUGAGUGGUGCAUAAUCGGCGCCAUCGACUGUGGAGGCCGCAGAUUUACAUUCUCGAAUAAGGGAGACUCUGGAGCUUGUAUUUGGGAUAUGCAUGGUCGUGUUGUAGGCAUGAUUAUAGCUGGAGUCGGUUCUCAGGAAGCCCGUGAGCAGACCUUUGAUGCAACGUAUGUAACGCCAAUGGACUGA